AAGAGGUUGGAUGUCGAGGCUUAGUUCGAGGCAGACGCGAAGAUGAUGGAGGAGGGAGCGUACGGAGGCGGCAAGGCAGGAGCCCCUUUUGACCCUCUGUCGUUCAUCCAGCGGCCCCAGGUCAUCCUCAGGGCAGUGACAUGGCUCUUCUCUGUUAUCAUUUUUGGGUGCAUCUCAUCACAAGGAUGGACAAAAGACAGAACGGGGAAGGAAACCUGCCUGUAUGAUGGGGACAGCAACGCGUGCAACUAUGGGGUUGGUAUAUCUGUCAUUGCCUUCAUGGCGUCAAUUGGCUUCAUUGUUGGGGAAUACUUCUUCGAGCAGAUGUCGUCAAUCAAGACCAGGAAACACUAUGUUAUGGCUGAUAUGGGAUUUUCCGGUUUCUGGUCAUUUUUGUACUUCAUUGGUUUCUGCUACCUGACCAACAAGUGGAGCAGUGCACCAACUCCUCCCUAUGGUGUCAACAACAUGCAAGCUGCCAUUGCCUUCAGCUUCUUUGCCAUCUUUCCCUGGGCUGCAGCAGCUUACCUAGCCUUCAUGAGGUAUAAGCAAGGGGCUGACCAGGCCUUUGCCCCAAGUUAUGAAGCUGAUCCAACCAACAUGGGAGGCUACAACAGCUACCCUGAUGCCACAGAUCCUGAGGGUGGCUAUUCGCAACCUCCGUUCACUGGUCAACCAGGCCAGCCACCCCAGUCAGGUAUGCAGCAGGCACCUCCAUACUAGGCCACCAAGGUGCGUGCGCACUUUCUUUGUGGCGCAGCUAGUCAGUCUACACACUAGUCGGCACCGCUCUGCUGGAUAGCACCGUCACUCUCCCCCUCCCCCUCCCCUCAUGCCGCAAGCAACCCAAGUAUUUCAGGUCUCCUGGUAGCAGCAUACCUUAGGGGGGCUGGGUCAUCCAGGGAACAUCGAAAGGCAGAAAAGAAUUGUCUACACAGUGCUGACGUCAAUGAAGAGUCCUAGAAGUAAAAUAUAAUUUUUAAGGAGAUUUUUUGAAGGCCUGGGGGAGGAGCAAGCGUAAAAGAUAAAUAAUAAUGAUAAUGAUAGUAAUGAAACUUAAACAAAUGACAAUAGAGGACAGUUCACCUACCUUCCAAGACACAACUUUCACAAGAAGGGCCCCUGGUACUGGUAUAGAAGAUUAAGCAAGAAAAUUAAUAUAUACAUAUUUAUUAUUUAUUAUUUUUUUAAUAAGGUUAAUCACAUUUUCAGUUACAAAAAUUGUCAGAGGAUGCUUUAGCUACCUCAUGGUUUAAUCAAUUUUUCAGCAUUGAUAUCCUUAACGUUCAAGUAUUUCAUUACAGGUAGACUAGGAAUCCUUUGUUUAUUUCUUGUAAAUAUUGAUGACACAUUUUACCCUUAAAGCAAUUGCAAAGUGUUUUCUAUGUCCUGAUAAAUUGAGAGUACCAUGCGUCUGUCUUAGAAUGUAGAUGAUGUUAGGCAACCUAUAGGUCCCUCAGUUCAUUCUAUGGUACUUGGGAUAUAGUCAACAAACAUCAAUAUUCCCUAUCUGUAACACAUUCAUUUUUACUUCGAUGAAUAUAUUUUUAAAAUCUAAGUUCACAUUCAGAUAAAGAUAACAGACAGAUUGCUUCUUAAAUCUGCUUCAGAGCCAUGAUAACAAUUGUGUUCCCCCCAUGGGGGAAUGCGCUCUUUCUCCCCAAGGGUUGCCUGAGAAUGUUGUGCUCAGAUUUCACAUUGCCGUUGUUCCAUCAAAUGAUCCUUGUUAAACAAACUUCAACUCCCAGACUGUUUACACCCUUCCCUUCCCCUCUUGAACAUGUGCCAAUAACUUGCAAUAACAAUAUUCCUGUCAGUAAGAUUAAAAAGGAAGAAACACGACAUGAAAUUUAAAAGCUGUAUUGCAGUGGAGUCCAGAAUAUAUGUAAUGUACAGAUGUCGAUACUGGAAGUGGGUUCAUCAUGUAAAGGCAAGCUACGCCAUCACAGAUUAGUCGGGGUUGCCAGAGUGAAGCUAGGUUCAUGAUUUCUCAUUUAUCCCUUUCUCAAUCACCAAAGAGUAAUUGUCCUGGUGUCGAGGCAUUUUGCAUGGGCACCAGAUUUAAGGAAGGUUUGAUUAUAAGCUUAUAUGGCCAUAUCAGGCAGUUUUAUCUAAUUUUUGUGCAAUAUUAUAAGGGCAUUCCUGAGACUUGACUAAGAAUUUUAUUUUUCUUUCUUUUUUUUUCUGCAAUAACUUUUAGAAAAUAUCUUUGUGAUAAAAGAAUAUACUCAGUCUUUUACUUUUUUAAGCAAUUCACUAAUUUACUCAGUAUGAAUCUCGCUAAUUGUUGUUAGACAGGCUAAAAACUAGACAUGUCGACACAGGCACAUAGUUACAUAUACUGUACAUAUGCAUACUCAUACAUGCAUACACACCUACUUACACUGUGUUCACUUGACACCUAACAGCUGACAUGUUAAACUAAUGGAAUAUAUAUAUAUAUAUAUAUAUAUAUAUAUAUAUAUAUAUAUAUAUAUAUAAUCUCACUUAAUCUAUUUGUUCAGAGUACCAUUUGGCCAUUUACCUAACACUUUUUUUCUGUUAGGUCUGUUGUGAAUGCAAGGAAUCACUCACAUGCAUAUGCAGCCACACACCCAGAGACACACUGUUCUUCCUCACUUCCUUUGUAUAAAAUGCCUGAACAUAUAACAUAAGUGUAUGUUUGCAGACAUGCAAGUGAAAAUAUAAUUAUUGAUUUACGUAGCUUUACUAUGUAAAUGUAAGUAAUUUCAGUCUACAUUACAGUAUAGGUGGGCCAUUAUUACAGCCCAGGCAAAGCUAAUCUUCGCAAUUUCACUGAACCAUGACAUAAAAAAAUAUAUAGAAUAUAACGAAAGCUAAAUUGGCUGCACAAAAUGAAAAAGCAAUAAUUAAAAUGAUGUAAGACUAUAUAGAUAUAUAUAUUUUUUCUUUUUUGCUUAUUUUAUGUGACUAGGAUUUUUUGUUAGAGCAUGUACAUAGAUUAAUUAUUGUAAAUGGAUAAUCUGGCAACCCUGACACCAGUAACAUGGCCAGUGGAGAUUUGGUGGUUUAAUGACCUUAUAUCUAUUUUCCAGUCUAUUUUAUGUAUAUAGUUUCAUAAUGUGAUAAUAGAGAAAACAAAUAAUUAUUGUUAAUAUAUUUUCCCCAAGCAGAGUGAAUGAAAUGUGGAUAUAUUUAUAUAUUUUGAACCACAAAGCCAUUAUUUUUGUCCUGCUCUUCAAAGCAGAUCUUCCACAGGAUAUUUUUCUUCAUUCAAAAGAAAUAAGAUAUAUACUUCCACAUAUCAUGUUAUUGUAUGAAGAUCAGAAGAAACAAUGAUUGAGCUCUAUGAAACAAAAACAAAAUUUGACUUGUUAUUAUCUAUCACUUUUUUUUUUCUUUCUUUCUUUCUUUCUAUCUGGAAAAAAAGUAUUCCUUAGAUUCCACAAGAGAAACUAUGUAAGAACAAAAAAAUUAAAGAAGAAGCAAGAUUUGGCAGCACUUUACUAAACAAAUAUUUUCUCAAUUAUCUCGACUGAAUUUCCUAUUACCUUCACCAGUACUGAUCCUCUGGAAAUUUUAAAGAUAUAUAUUCAUAAGAAAUGGGAAAAAAAAAUAAUCACAGAUGAUGGUCCAUGUCUCACCUUCAACCAACAGGGGUCAAGAUGAUUUGGUUGGCAAACCUAGUUUGUUUUUUGUGUAACUGUUGUGACUAUGUGAAAAAUGGCCGAAUAGCCCAGUUCACCUUCUGUAAUCAUAUUCAUCUAGUUAUUGGUGUAUAAAUGUACGUAAGAUUAUUGGAGCGUCAGUAGUCGCAAGUGCAGUAAUGUCAAAAUUGCUAGAACGUGGUCAACUCGUGUUGUGUUGUUGUAAAAAGAAGAAGAAAAAAAAUAAAAAAAAAUAAAAAAACAGGAAGAAAAAGUAAUGCUUCUGCAAAGCUGUUUCACUGGUGACCCAAGAUGCAAAACCUCAAACAUACGACAAACAGUACCGUUAAACUGUGAAACCAUUUCCUCUCAUCACUGCAGUGGUAUGAGACCUCGCCUGCAUUCGGUACGAGUAUGUACAAUAGGUUUUUGCUUGGGGCUAAUUGACUGCACAAGCGAUUGCCGACAAUUAAAUGUAUAGUGAAAUUCAGUGCUGUAGAUAUUGUUGCCAGGAUAGAAUGAGAAUGUUUGGAAGCCUUUACAAGUAGUGUAUCAGUAUUUAAGGAAUGUCUGACAAAUACAGUAUUUGAACUUUCCUAACAAAAUUUCACGCUUGGGGACUUGUCGUAAGUUGUUUGUAUAUAAAACUGUCACGGAAUGUUGGAAAUGUUGUUUUGCAUGAAAGCUAGUCAUGUAUUUGUUUUUACAUAGAGGCAUUCCUUGAUACCUGACACUUCCAUUUCAUUGUUAAGUACGAUACAUUCCAGAUAUGUUUGGGAAAUGGUUUGUUGUUUUCCCUUUGAAUGUACAUUAAGUCUGUAGGAUUUUUGUGUUAUUUCACAAGUACAUUAAUUUAUGUUCUUUUUAUCUUUUUAGUUAUAGGUUAUUGGGUGGCCAAGAAAAAAAGGGAUUUUUAAAGAAAAUAGGUUUUAUGUUACGAGUACAGGUUGUCAUUGUCAUUUCAAAAACAGCAGUAUUACUGACUUUUUUUGUAAAUGUGUAAUAUGAAUUGGAAAAAUCAAAACAGGGCAUGCACUCUUGUCAUUCAUUCACUUCUUUUCCAAGAAAAUUAUGCCAAGAUUAGCUCUGGAUCGGUGUCUUUCAACGAACUGUUACACUUAGAACCUCCACACUGGUUGGGGGUUCAUCGGCCAUCUUCCCUCAGUCUUUUUUCUUCCCGUUACCCGGUGUUCUGUACUGUAAAAGUAUUAGUUUUUUGUUUGGAAUCUUGCUUUUCUUUUCUUCUUUAUUGGAAUGUAAUGUAAUGCACACAAUAAAAACAAAGUGCUUGAAAA